CGACUCUUACAAGCGAUGCAUGGCGAGAUUUUUUUUAUCGUCGACUUUGCUUUGUGGCAGGUAUUUGGACUACCUGAGUAACCUGUAAGGUAAAUGUACUUAUAUGAGGAGGAAGAGGAGAAAAGUCAGCUACGUGUACUGGUAUUUUCACCGAAUCGAGAGAAGUAAAACGAUGGCGAACGUGUCGAAAGUGAAAGUAGGCAGGGAAGGGCUGCUGAAGAAGUUAGAGGAAUUGAGCAUUGAAAGCACGACCAUUGAACACCCGGAGGUAUUUACAGUUGAAGAGGCACUACCCCAUGUCUCACACCUUGAAGGUAUGUUUGCCAAGAAUUUGUUCCUGCGGAGUAAGAAGAAGAAGUUGUAUUUGUUUUGUGCUCCACAUGAUGCUGAUAUCAAAUUAAAUGAUCUUGCUAAGUUGUCUGGUGCCUCCGGAGGCCUACGGUUUGCAGAUGAGUCAGUGUUGGAAGAAAAGCUGGGUUUAACACAAGGCUCAGUGACAUUGUUUGGGCUCAUCAAUGACCAUGCUAAGGAUGUGACAUUAGUAUUGGACCGACAGCUAUUGGAUGGUUCCUACACCAAAAUCUACUUCCAUCCAAUGGUGAACUCAGCAUCCACUGCCAUCAGCUCAGCAGGAAUUCAAGCUUUCCUCCAGCAUACUGGACACGAACCUCUCAUUGUGGAUGUAGCAAAGACUACUGAUGAAUCUCAAAAUUAAUUAUAUAGGUACAUUUUAGUUAAUUUUUAGUUUUACAUUUAAAAAUAACUUUUUCCUAUCAUUUCUUAGUUCAGUGAAAUAGUGUUAAGAUCCAAUAUAUCCCAGGAUUUAGAUUAUGUUGGAUGGAUUUUUAACUCAACUUUGAUAAUUGAAUAAAGUAUUUGUGAUUCAUAACUAUGUAUAUUAGGGAACUGGCACAAUUAUACUUAGUUUUUAUACUGUAUAUAUGCUUUAUAUAUAUACUGUUAUAACUGAUACUUAAACAAGAGUUUUUUUUUUUUGUAUGUAUUCAUCCUAUCUUUUGAUGCUAUUUUUCAACUUAAGUCCUUUUCUUGAGUAAAGAUUGAGGCAUGGAUCAGGGUUUUCCAUAAGAGCCGGUUGCCGGCCAAUUUGACCGGCUACUUUGAUCAUUUGGCGGCCUACACCAAUCCAGUUCCGUAAUAAUGUUCCGUACACGACUACACGUACACGGCAGGCCAGCCUCCAACUUUCACUACACAGCCUACUUCUAACAAAAUUAUGGAAAACCCUGAUGGAUACAGACUAAUUAUAAUUCCAUCCAUGGUAUGAUUUCUAUAUUGUGAAACAUGGUUUUUAAAAUAAUGCGCAAUCUUGAAAGAUUCUCUAAAUAAAUUUGGGAAAACAUACACAAAUGUUUACCAGUUACAUAGAACAUUGGAUAUAUUGUACAAUACUGAUAAAGUUGCAGUCUGUUAUGUAACAUAUAUUCGUUUAUAAUUGCAGUAUGUGUAGUAAAUAUUUCAACAAGGAUUGGCAGUAUUAAACAACAUCUAAUGUUAUUACCCAAGCUGUAACAAGGGGGUAGGGUAUGCUGCUAUCAGAUUGUCUUCCUGUAGACAGAUUGGACAAAAUAAAACUCCCUAAUCUUAACCAAUUUUUAUAUAUUCAUUAACUUGAUGAAUACAUAGUGUGGUUAUGAACUUGUGAUUAAAUUUUCAUAUUGAUAAUUUUCAAGGGGUUGUGUGUGUCUGUGUGUGCAGUUUU